AUGGGCAUGAGCAUCUCCGUUGAGCGGUCACGACGAUUCCUCCGGUACAACAUGCCUGUUCCUGUUCCACCAGCCGAGUUGCCCGAGGAGGUACUGGCCGCUUUCCACCAAAUGAGCACCGACUCUCCUACUCACCUCGAAUUCCACCCCCAGCGAGAGGCCGACCAGCGAUCACCCAGCAUCAAGCAGGAAGGACAUAUCGAGCAAGAAGAACCCACCGAGCAAGAAGAGAUUAUCGCGCAAGAAGCAAACAUCAAGCAAGAUCCAGAGCGUUACGACGACGACUACCCAUCUCCCACCACCCCUCGUCUAUCAAUCCUCCGCACCACACCCAAGACGGACCGGCUGGUAUCUCGCCACCAUGGCCGACCUGGAUCGCGCACGAAAAACUCGGGCCAACGAAGCUACCCAAUGGCCGGAUACGGCUGCUACGAGCGAGUGACAUUCACACCAUGA